GGCGUGAAUGUGAUAAUUUUGAGUGGGCUUCCAUUUUGGCUUUGUUUGGAUGUCGGAAUUCGAGAGGGAGAAAAUAAAGUGAAAAUUUCAAGAAGGAAAUAUUGGUGCAAGUUGUAACUGAGUUUUCAAUCUUUGCAAGGUUAUGAUAUAAAUGGUAACGUGGCAAAAUUUUAAGAACCAUUCGAAGACGCUAAGCGAGAAGUGGCUAGACAGAAUUCCCACACCAAAUUUUCCAGGAAAAUCGCUUUCCGCCUCCUCCAAAAAUUCCCACUCAUUCUCUCUCUGUUUUCCAAACGCGGCAUUCCCACGUUUCUCACUCCAUUUUUUUUUUCCAAUUUUUAAUGUAUUUUCAAAUUAAAAAGUCGUUUACCACCACACUCACGUCUUCUUUCUUAAUUCACACCGGUCCAAACUGUACCAAACUUCUUGGCACCAGAAUUCCAGAGAGAGAAAGAGCAAUUUCCAGAGAGAGAAGAUGAGAGAGAUGUUGGAGUCGUGUUGCAGACCAUUGGAGAGGUGUUUCAAGGCAGGUGGUGGAGAUGAGCUUCUAUGGCACAUGGAUUUGAAGCCACAUGCAUCUGGGGACUAUUCGAUUGCAGUAGUGCAAGCCAACUCGUCGCUGGAAGACCAAAGCCAGAUCUUCACUUCCCCUUCAGCCACAUACAUCGGUGUCUACGACGGCCACGGCGGUCCUGAAGCCUCUCGCUUUAUUACCAACCACAUCUUCCCUUUUCUACAUAAGUUCUCGUCUGAACAAGGGGGGUUAUCUGCGGAAGUGAUAAAAAAGGCGUUUAAUGCCACUGAAGAGGAAUUCUUGCAUUUAGUGAAGCAGUCAUGGCUAGCUAGGCCCCAGAUUGCAUCUGUGGGUUCGUGCUGUCUGGUUGGGGCAAUUUCGAAUGAUGUAUUGUAUGUAGCAAAUCUCGGGGACUCAAGGGCAGUCCUUGGCCGGAAAGUCACAGGAGGGAGGAUGAAUAGCAGUCAGAUGGUGGUGGCGGAGCGAUUAUCAACUGAUCAUAAUGUUGGAGUUGAGGAGGUGAGGAAGGAGGUGGCAGCCCUUCACCCUGAUGAUGCCCACAUUGUGGUGUAUACUCGAGGAGUUUGGCGCAUUAGGGGCAUUAUUCAGGUCUCAAGAUCAAUAGGAGAUUUCUAUCUAAAGAAACCCGAAUUGAGUAGAGAUCCUCUUUUUCAACAAUUUGGAUCACCUAUUCCUUUGAAAAGACCGGUAAUGACAGCAGAACCCUCGAUAGUAAUUAGAAAUUUAAAGCCGCACGACUUGUUCUUGAUAUUUGCAUCAGAUGGCCUUUGGGAGCAGUUGAGUGAUGAAGCAGCUGUUGAAAUCGUCUUAAAAAAUCCAAGAAUUGGAAUAGCAAAACGACUAGUGAGAGCUGCCCUUCAGGAAGCAGCAAGGAAAAGAGAAAUGAGAUAUGACGACAUAAGAAGAAUUGAAAAAGGGGUGAGGCGCCAUUUCCAUGAUGACAUCACUGUAAUUGUGAUGUACCUUGAUCACGCACAAGGCUCUCCAAAUGGGAGACUCAAGGAUCAUGGCAUUGUUGACUGCACCAGUGCCCCAGCUGACAUCUUCUCUCUUAAUUCAGAUGAAACCCACAACCGAUUUCCCAUUGUUCACUAGCAAAUCUACUUGCAUACAGGUAUAUGUACCCUCUUGUAAAUAAAUAUAAUAAAAUACCAUAUAGAUAGGUGUGCCAAAACCAAGGGACACAAUGGGCCUUCAAAACAAUAAUCACAGGGGGGUGUGUUGUAUUUGUACAUAAUCUGGUGAAUAAUGGGGUUGAUACAUUGAUCCCAUCUUUGAUUUUGACUACUUUUUUUUCUAUUUUUCCUCCUUUGUUUUGGGGAGUGUUUUUGGAAGAAUUUUUUUUGUUAUUUGUAUGACAUUUUGAGGAAAAUAUAUAUAGCUUGAACACAGUGAAUUGCAAU